GUAUCACUGCCAUCACUGGUUGCUGCUGUUCUGCCAGAUCAAUGCACAGUAGUUCAAAAGGAGGAAGGAAGAUAUGAAAAGUAGGUCAAUUUAUCUACUCUGAUUUUUUAAGGUUAUGUGAUAUGUUACGUUUACGUAAUUUUAUUUGUUGUACGAUUUUUGUUGUACCCGUUGUACCAUGUCUUGUUUAUCAAAAACUUUUAAAUUAAAUAAUGGAUUAACAAUACCUACUAUAGGACUCGGGACGUAUAAAUCCGAGGCAAAUGAGGUAAAAGAAGCUGUAAAAUAUGCGGUUGAAAUUGGUUACCGUCAUAUUGAUACAGCUUGGUUUUAUGGCAAUGAAAAAGAAAUUGGCGAAGCACUAUUAGAUAUAUUUCGAGAAGGAAAAGUUAAAAGAGAAGAUUUGUUUAUUGUAACAAAACUGUGGAAUAAUUUUCAUGAUAAGAAGAAUGUUGUUCCUAAAUUAAAGGAAUCUUUGAGCUAUUUGAAAUUGGAUUAUCUCGACUUAUUUUUAGUCCAUUGGCCUUUUGGUUUUAAAGAAGACAGUUGUCCUUUACCAACAAAUUCCAAUGAUUACAGUGAUGUUGAUUACCUAGAAACUUGGGAAGGGAUGGAAGAUUGUGUAAGGCAACAAUUGACAAAAAGUAUUGGACUCUCAAAUUUUAAUAAAGAACAAUUAGAUAGAGUACUUAAAAAUUGCAAAAUUAAACCUGUGAUAAAUCAAUUCGAAGUAAAUCCAAAUAACAGCCAAAGUGAAUGGAUCAAAUUUUGUAAAGAUAGAGAUAUAGUAGUGACAGCCUUUUGUCCUUUAGAAAGAAUAGGGAAGAGCAGAGAGCCUGGUUAUCCAUCAGCUACAGUUUUAGAUGCAAAAGUGUUAGAAAUUGGCAAGAAGUACAAUAAGACACCAGCUCAAGUUGUAUUACGAUAUUUGCUUUCGCUUGGUAUAACAAUCAUUCCAAAAUCAGUAACAAAAUCAAGAAUUUUAGAAAACAUUCAAAUAUUUGAUUUUGACUUGUCAGAUGAAGAUAUUUGCUACUUGAAGUCUCUAAAUAAAAAUUAUAGAGUGUCGGCUAUGGGACAAUAUAAGGACCACAAAUAUUAUCCUUUUUAACGACAACAUAUUUUUAAAUGUUCCUUAUUGUUUUAUAAAAGAAUAUUUUUAAAAUAAAGAAAAUAAAAACUCAA